UCGUGUGUCGAUAGUAAGACGUCAUAAGUAAGCGACGACUCUGUCCGAACAUUCCGGUUGCUAUGCUAACGACUGACAGACGAAGGAGUUUGGGCUUGCCCAGCGGUGUGUGGCAGUUGUGAAAGCACGGAGGAAUCUAAGUGAAAGGCUGAAAGAUGGUCUGAUGGACCGCCGCUUCUUCCUGACCCUCCUUUUCUGCUCUCUGUCGUGGAUCUUGUUCUGGGAAGUACGGUGGAAGAAAAGAAAAGAAGGCCAGAUUGAGGAAUGGCUCCAAGUACAUAGCCUUUCUCAAUACAGUCACUUAUUCGAAGAUGUGCAGACACUGGAAGAACUGAGUCUGAGCGUGCUGAGUCGUCUGGAGGAGGUGGUGAAAGAGCAGCAGCACUGGAGGGAAAUUGCAGAAGCUCACAUCAAGCUGCUUCGUGACUUUGCCUUCCAGGAGUGGCUUAGCUCGCAGAACCUAGAGCACUACCACCACAUACUGAAAACCUUGGGUUGUAUAAAUCUGGAUGACCUGUCUCGAUUCGACAGUCAGCUGCAGCUCUCUUUAGCUGCCUGGGGUUACUAUUACGACGACUACAUAAAGCUGUCCACAGGCAUCAAGAUUCUGCAGACCUCUAGAGGGAGUCGAGACCAGGACUACGAGAUCCGGCUGGUGCGCAGCCUUGCUGAGAGGCGCCUGAAUGAGAAGUGGUCAACUGCGGGAGCUCUCCUUUUUGGCUGUACUGUGGCACUGUGCUUUUUGAUAAGGGACCUCAUGUUUUACGUGAUUGGUGGAAUUACUGUUUCCAUCAUAGCGUUUUUCUUCACCAUCAAGUUCCUCUGUGAGCUCGCAGCUAGGAUCGUUAGCUUCCUACAGAAUGAGGAUCCUGGAAGAAGAGGCGACCGAAGCAUCUACGACUAUGUCCGCGGCAACUACCUGGACCCUCGUUCCUGUAAGGUGUCGUGGGACUGGAAGGAACCACAGGAAGUCGGGCAGACGAUGACCUUUAGAGUUCAGCUUUUUUACAAGAAUGGUCAACCUUUCCCUGCGCAUCGGCCUGUGGGUCUGAGGGUGAACAUCACCCACAUUGAACUGGCUCUGGACAUCCCGGUCACCCAGGAGGUUCUGCAGGAGCCGGAGUCCAACGUUGUGAAAGUGGCCUUCACGGUGCGCAAAGCUGGACGCUACGAGGUUGCUGUAAAACUGGGUGGCCUCAAUGUGGCCUACAGUCCUUAUUACAAGAUCUUCCAACCAGGUACAGUUGUUCCAUCUAAAACCAAGAUAGCCUACCAUUUCUCCACCCUGGUGCUAACAAAUGGCCAGCAGCACACUUUGCAAAUUGAACCCAGGGACGAGUACGGAAACCCCACCAGUAACUCCACAUCGCUUACAGAUGAAGAAAACUACAGUGUCCAUAUUCACUCUCUUGGUACUGUGGACGAUGACAGCUCAGAUGAUUUCUACAGCAAGUCAGUUUCACUCAACAAGCAGCAGUGCCAGGUUUUGCUGAGACUCACCCUGAGGAAGACGGGUUGUUUCAGGGCCCGGAUCUCUUAUAAGGAUCAGCCGCUCAGCAACGGGGAGUUUGACAUAAUUGUUCUCAGUGAGAAUGAGAAGUCCUGCGUGGAGAAAAACGUGUCCACUCCAGGCAUUAGUAUCUACUUCGAGGCGUAUCUUUACGGCAGUGGCAACUACAGCAGUUCAUCGUGGCAGUUACCGGCCUCCUCCCUGCUGGCUCCUCAGAGGAGGCCCUCUAUGGGUGAGGAGGAUGAGGAGCACGACUCUCCUGUGGAGGGACAACCAGAGAAGGUGAAGAAACCAAAAAAAGUCUACUGCUACAUAUCGCCAAAGCAACUAUCUGUAAAGGAGUUCUACCUGAAAAUUAUUCCAUGGCGCCUUUUCACCUUCCGAGUAUGUCCAGGAACCAAGUUUACCUAUUAUGGUUCAGACCCAGUUCAUAAGUAUUUAACUCUUGUGGUGGACGACGGCAUACAACCUCCUGUGGAGCUCAGCUGUAAAGACAGAAACAUCAUGGCUGCCACCUUCAUUCGCUUCCUGCACAAAAACAUUGGCGGCUCUGAGACCUUUCAAGAUAAGGUAAACUUCUUUCAACGUGAACUCAGGCACAUUCACUCCAAGAAACCUCGCACCAAAACCUGCCUAAAAAUCACUCGACAUGCUAUUCUUGAGUCAUCGUUAAAGGUUACGAGGAACUUCUCUGUGUCAGACUGGAGUAAAAACUUUGAAGUUGUGUUUCAGGAUGAGGAAGCUCUCGACUGGGGUGGGCCUCGCAGGGAGUGGUUUGAGUUGAUUUGCAAGGCCCUCUUUGACACGUCCAACCAGCUGUUUACCCGUUUCAGUGAAAAUAACCAGGGCCUCGUGCACCCAAACGCUGACAGGCCGGCCCACUUACGCCUGAAGAUGUACGAGUUUGCUGGUCGAGUCGUCGGAAAAUGUUUGUAUGAAUCCGCUCUGGGCGGAGCCUACAAGCAGCUGGUCCGAGCUCGCUUUACGCGUUCCUUCCUGGCCCAGAUCAUUGGCCUUAGGAUGAACUACAAGUACUUUGAGACAGACGACCAGGAGUUCUACAAAACUAAGGUCUGCUUUAUCCUAAACAAUGACGUGAGUGAAAUGGACCUGGUGUUUGCUGAGGAGAAGUACAAGUCAGGCCAGCUGGAAAAGGUGGUGGAGCUGAUUUCAGGAGGAGCCCAGAUCGCCGUCACCAAUGACAACAAGAUUCAUUACCUCAACCUGCUCGCUCAGUACAGGCUAGCCAGCCAGGUGCGGGACGAGGUGGAACAUUUCCUGAAAGGUUUAAACGAACUAGUUCCAGAGAAUCUGUUGGCCAUAUUUGACGAGAAUGAGUUGGAGUUGUUGAUGUGUGGAACGGGUAAUAUAAACGUGCAGGACUUCAAAGCCCAUGCUGUGAUUGUCGGAGGAUCAUGGCACUUCAGAGAGAAAGUCAUGAAGUGGUUCUGGGCAGUGGUGUCCAGUUUCACCCAGGAAGAGCUGGCUCGUCUGCUGCAGUUCACCACCGGCUCCUCCCAGCUUCCCCCUGGAGGAUUCAACACGCUCUGCCCCUCAUUCCAGAUCAUUGCAGCCCCUACACACAGCACAUUGCCCACUGCACACACCUGUUUUAACCAGCUGUGCCUCCCGACCUACGACUCCUACGAGGAGCUGCACAAGAUGCUGAAGCUGGCCAUCAGCGAGGGCAGCGAGGGCUUCGGCAUGCUCUGACUCCUCCGUCACUGUGGCUCCUCUCAUUCACAUGAAGACCAGCACUGCUCCACUGCCCCGGUUUCCUGCAUUCAUCACCAUCCAACAGCCCCAACAUCUCGGCGGUCCCAGUGCGUCUCCAUCAGGAGGAGAGAGAUAUUCAGGAAGUCCUGUUAAACUGAGACAAAAAAAAAGACUGUGGCUUCAGUCAUAUGAACCUUGUUACUACUGUAUGUACAUACAAUUGAAUUUAGAAAUAGAAACUUUGGGGGGGG